UGGUUGGUUCCACUCUCCAAUUGUUUUGGAUCUCAAAUCCAAAACAAAACGGUUAUGGACUUUUCAACAGCAGGAGGACGCUGGGCAGUUGAAUGAAUGUCGCAGAAAUGUCAAUAAUGUUUUGGAUCGUUCGUUCUAAUAUAUGAGAUGGCAGUGCAUAAUAUGUAGGAAGUCUUUUGUCAGUAAUAUGAUAAAACCUGCUCAUCCUUUUGAGCGUAAACAAUUUGAGACUUCACUUGGAUUGCUACAGACUUGUGAUUUGCUGACUUGAAAAACGGGAAAUGCCCAAGGCAACUUGGUCGCAGCACAAAACAUCGAUCCCUUGAACACCAUACUCACUCCUCCAAGUUCAUAUUCUCCCAAUUUCGCAAACCUAUAUAUGCUUUUUUUUUCCAUUCAAAACCUUUAUAUAUAUAUAUAUCAUGGCGUAAUCAUUGAGCGUUUUUCAGCUAUACAUUGAUCCAAGAAAAAAAAAUCCCCCAAAUGAAAGGCAAAGGCGCAGAACGGGUAUGAUAUAAGACGAAGCGCGUUCAUGUUGAAGACGUGAUUCAGAACCAACAAGAUUCGUGCACCUGCAUUUCCCGAACAUUCAGCUGCUGCUAUUGGAGGCAGAGAAUAUUCUCAUCUCCCUCCUGAAAUUAUCUCAACUUCCACAAGGUCUCCUUCCUCUUCCCUGCGACCACCUACACAAUCCCGGAAUCCCCCGCCAAAAACCCAUAAGCUAUAAAGUUUACCAUGAUUAACUCCCUAUGCACCUCCAUUGAAUUCAUCCACCUAAAUUCUCCACCAUUCUCCCACUACAGAUUCCCCAAACCCCUUUUUCUCAUUCCGCAAUUCGCCCCCCAAAAACCCCCAAAACCCCUCUCCCUAUCCGACCCCAAUUCAUCUGGUAAAUGGGCCAACAUCAGAGCCUGUGCAGCAGCAGCAGCUGCAGCCGAGAGCGAAAUCGAUAUGGUGAGAACCAAAGAAGGCAUCUACACAGCUAAGCCUAAGAAAGUAGUGGUCUUAUGGGACUUAGAUAACAAGCCCCCUCGCGGGCCGCCGUACCAGGCGGCGAUGGCCUUAAAAAAAGUGGCCCAGCAUUUCGGCGACCUGGUUGAUAUCUCUGCUUACGCUAAUCGACACGCUUUCAUUCAUUUGCCUCAAUGGGUUGUUGAAGAACGCCGAGAACAACGGCGUAUGGACAUUCUUGAGAGGAAAGGUGUUUCUACCCCUUCUGAACCGUAUAUUUGCUCUGUUUGCGGGAGAAAAUGUAAGACACAUUUGGAUUUAAAGAAGCAUUUUAGGCAGUUGCAUGAGAGGGAGAGGCAAAAGAAGCUGAACAGAAUGAGGUCAUUGAAAGGUAAGAAACGACAGCGUUUUAAAGAAAGGUUUAUUGAUGGCAAUGAGAAGUAUAAUGAAGCUGCAAGGACUUUGACUUCGCCGAAAGUUGGGUAUGGAUUAGCCUCCGAGCUUAGUCGAGCUGGGGUGUUUGUGAAAACGGUGGAGGAUAAGCCACAGGCUGCUGACUGGGCAUUGAAAAGGCAAAUGCAGCAUUCUAUGAGUAGAGGGAUUGAUUGGUUGCUUUUGGUUUCGGAUGAUUCAGAUUUUUCUGAGAUGUUGAGGAGGGCGAGGGCGGCCAAUUUGGGGACUGUUGUCAUUGGCGAUGGGUACAGAGCAUUAGGGAGGCAAGCGGAUUUAUGGGUGCCAUGGAAUGAUGUGGAGAAUGGGGAGAUUAAGGAGGAUGAUUUGGUGUCGCGGAUAAAGAGGAGGAGGGAAUCUGGAGGGAGGAGGACUGGGAGGUUUUCAGUCAGUGAGUUUGACGGGGGAUUAAACGGGGAGGGGAGUGUAGACAGCUUGAUGGAUCAGCUUGUUGGGACAACGGAAUUUGAUGGAAUGAGAAUUUCGGCAUUUUCUGAAGGGGAGGAGGAAGAGGAUGAGGACAGGGAAGAGGAACAGGACUGGCUGAGGGAGAAUCAAAGAGGUUAUGUUCAGAUUGGACUAAAAAAUUCUAUUGAUGACGAGGAAGAUCCUGAUGAGUACACUGAGGAGGAAGAUUAUGUUUUAGACAGUGAGGAGGAAGGGGUAGAAGAGGAUGGUUUGCAAUUCUGGUAAACUGUGCUUCUGUAAAUGGUUCGGUAGUGUGAUAUUUUUGGCAUGGCCUGAUAUGAGAUUAACGCUGAUUUGUCUGCUUCAUGCUAAGUAUCAAUUAAGGGAUAAUAAUGGGAACAAGAGUUAAUUCCUAACUGCACAUGGAAUUAGCUGCUCGGAUUCUUGAUUUGCCAGACAAUUUUGUUGAACUUAUCAGGUCAUUUUCUGUUCUUGCUCGGGGAUAUUUAACUGCAUUUUCCAAUGCUAUGUGUUUAAGACAGGACACCAACCUUGUACAUGACCGUAUCCUGAAGGUUGAUGCUUUUGGUAGUGUACUUUUCAAAUCUUCUACCGACAAUAUUCCACGUACCUUGCUAGACUUGCAUGAUCGUUUCGUAAAGAUUUAAUUAUUUCCCACUGCGGAUAUGUGAUUUCAAGAAAGGUUAUGCUGUGCUAUCUAUGAAAGAGAUUUUUCUGUUCCCCCCUCUAUUUGCCAUCAAUGAGGUGUUACUUGAAAUUGAUGUAUUUUAGCUAUUUCAAGGACUGUUCUGUGUUUUAUCUUCUAUUUGCCAUCAAUGAGGUGUUACUUGAAAUUGAUGUAUUUCAGCUGUUUCAAGGACUGUUUCUGUGUUUUAUCUUGUAUGUGGCUUCAAAGAUCUUAUUGAUGUACUUUGAUCCCUCAAAAUAAGUGUAUUUAGGCUAUACUUCAAAACCUUGGCGACUUUGCUUCUUUUAUGUGACUUUUGUCUAGAAAUGUAUAACUGUGAGCAUUUUUUCCCCCUAAUGCAGAUUAAUCAAUUGAUUAUCUCUAAUUUUUUUAAGCCAUCAUUUGCAAAUAUGCAAUAGUUUUUUUCAUGAAUGUUGGGAGUUUUGCAAUGCAUUGACUCUUCUUGUCACCUGAAAUCACUGUUAGACAGGUGAUUGUCAUUAAAUUAGUAAUAUUGCAUUUCAUCAGUCAUAUUAACACACUAGUUGGUUAUAUAACACAAUGUGGUGAUCCACCUACAUAAUAUGUUCUGAAGUGGAAGUGCUAUGGAUUUUAACCUUGAUAAUUGGAAAGGUUUUGCAGUCAUCUCUGCCUUUGCUCCAGGCUUCUUUGGGUGACAUGUAGAGGUUGUUCAGUUUGUCUUCUUCACAUAGGAGGACCUGUUCUGUUAAUCCACCGGUAAAAAAGAUUCUUGACAUGAGGAUCAGCAUCGCACUGACUUGAACCACAUCCUCUAGAAUGAAAACAAAACAGGGGUCAGAAUUUUCGGACCCCACUAAUGGUAUGAAAACAAGGAAAAAGAUGUAAGAGAUAAACAACAUACUUUUGCUGGUAUUGUAAGACCAAGGUACAAGAAGAAGUAACUAAGUCAUUAGAGACGCAUCAGGCACACAGCUAAGUCAUUUUUGACAAAGCUGGUUAUUAUGUAUAUUGAAUGCACGUUAACUAUAAUAGGGAAAAAUUAAAAAGAAAAACAGAGAACAAAAGAAGGAGAAGAGAAGCACACUAUAUGCGUAAUCUAGUAACAUAUCAAAAAUGCAUCAGCCAUCUUAGGAACAAUUCUACCAACUGACAAGCUUUGUUGUAAAAACUUCAUUAGGCUUCAGCAAAGUAUAUUCUUGAAUAUCUAGUUCUUAUGUGUUUGAAUUGCCUAUUACUGAAAUAGCUAUAUAUAUCAUUCAGGACCUCUAUUGGCUUUUGAAAGGUCCAAUGUCUUUUCACUUGUUGCAAUAUAAAAGUGUUCUGUGUCUUUGUUCAAAAUAGAGCAACUAUUCAACAUUUUAUAUGGGUCUUAGCCUCUUGAUCUGUACAAAGAGAUUAUAGUAGGAAAUAUCUGAUCAUAUAGGCAUUAAUUUCCCGGUGCCAUGCUCUGGUAUGCAAUCUUUUUUCCUUUUUUGUUUGAAUAUUUACAAAGGAAAAAAUUUUUUUUGGGGAGCUUACAAAGGAAGUUAUAUUCGUGAAUAGUUGGCUUUGGGUGCUGUGAUUUGAGAUUAUGAUUGGUGUGGUUUAAUGUGCUUAUUUAAUUUAUCUGGGGUAUGCAUAUCGAGCUUUUGCGAGUCUGUUGGCCUCUAUAAAUAAUUACCUAUGCCUUUUUCUGGAGAAAUAAUGUAUUAAUCUCUGGAGCAUCCCUUGCAUUUCUUUGAAAGUGGGAUUACGAUGGUAAUAGUGGUUCUCAACUUGCAUUUUUGGCUCUCCAGUGCUAUUGCAGAUUUGAGUCUUACUUUAGGUCCUUGAUGUUGUCUUGCUUUUCCUUUCAUUCUGGGAUGUUGAGGAUUAUAGUGUCCGUCAUGUUGCAGAAAUGGAGGUUUAUGUGUUUCAUCAUUUCUCACUUCUGGUCUUAUGCACGAGGUUAGUUAUUCUCCCAUUUGAUUCUAUGGCAUGUUGUGGCAGACAAUACUUCCUCCAGUUAUAUUUUAGUUCAUCGGCUGUCUUAGGCCCACAUUUUCUCAUUGCAGGUGACGCACAUUAAAAUCCACCACAGUUUAAGAAAGGAACUCCUAAAAGCUACGGAUAGUAGUAACAGAAUCUUUUCUUUCUUUAGUUGUCUUGAACAUGAAAGAUUUGUUGGCACAGCUGAGGGGAUGAUAGUUUAUGAUUUUUGGUCGCUACAAUGUUAGAUAGGAUAAAGCAUAAUGGAUUUGUUCUCACUGGUUGGCCAUUAAAUUAUUUGCCAUGACUUGGGUUUCUCAUAUUCUUUAUUGCGGUCCAUUAUAGUUUGGUGAAAUAUGGGUUUGUCCGAAGCCAUGCUAAAACUUGAAUGGCUAUAUGUUCGUUCAUUGAGGAUUUCUGUUCUAUGGGUUACUAAUAGCUUCAAAGAAAUGCUUUUGUCAAACAGAGUAAGAUUCCAACACUCUUUUGUCGGAUACAGAAAUUUCUAUGCCAACAAAAUCUUCGAUGGCUAGAUGCGGUUGCUUUGGUGCCAACGCAGGUCUACACGGCUGCCUUAAUUCAUAUUCGCAUUAAAUAUCUUACCAGUUUGGACCAUUAAAUUUGGAGGCUGUUUGCGUACCUGAAUGCCGGAAUUGCUUUUCUUCGGUCCAGACUACUGAUUUUGAGGCCACGCUGCUGAGAUUUUUUUCAAUCAUUUGUCUGCAGUAACAACAACAGCAGCAGCAGCAGAAGAAGAAGAAGAAGAUUUGCCUAUUAUUUGUGUGUAAUGGGAUAUUAAUGUAAUUGCACAGCCAACAUGGAGUACCAUACCACAUCGUAAAAUUGUCGAGGAUGGUAGUAGGUCUCUUGUCAUGUUUUAAUAAUGCAGCAGGUUCCUAUGCUUAGAGCUUCUGUAUCGACACACUUGCCAUAUAAGGAAGGAUGCAUCUUCGGCUGGUCCCCUUGUGGACUCCUGCUGAUGCUGAGCAUGGCCUAGUUGAAAGCAUGCCCAUUUGCUGCCGCUAUCAAGUGCGUAAAAAGGCAUAAACAGAUUUUUGGAGGCCAAGAAAAGGAGGCUGACGGUUGAAAGGGCGCCAUCAUUCUCAAUAAUAUUAGCAGCCUGUAGUGUAGCAGCGGCUGUGGCUGCCCAUAGGCCGUAGCCUUAGAAUGGACCGACCUGUCGGCAACCCCUAUUUUGCUUGCUGACGCAGGUGGCCAAGCUUUCAAGCUUUAUCUCUAGUCAGGCUACAUCCCCAAGUUUCAGCUGUUUUUCCGUUCUUGUCACUUUGUUUUACUGGUCACGUUGUGCUAUUCUCUUCUAUCUCA